UGUUUGAACACACGAAAUGGAAGGAACAUAUAUCUUGUGAUUGCGACUGAACAAGUCCCUUAUCUCCGUCAACUGUGUCAACAGACCCUCCACAUACUGGCUGAUCAUCAACACUACAUUUAGUACUCUCGACUCCAGCAGGGAAUUGCCCGGAAACCCUCUCACCUGGAUAAAUGUCAUUAAAAUGAACUCAACUCCGAGAACUGGUGCAUUUAGAUACUAGGUUUCUUUAAUACUUGUGACAGCCUAUGUGGUUCUCGGCCCCUGACAAUCGUGCUAAGGAGUGCCAAGCAAAGCACACACAUACCAACAUCUUGCUGGUUUGAAAUAAUUGCGCACAAGAUCAAUUCGACAGUCUACGUACAAGUUUGUCGAAUUCAGUCAGAGGUGAGUCCUGCUGAACUAAGCAUGCGGUCGUGUGUGCCCAUCCUGACAACGUUGGCACUGUCAGCGUGCUACGUCUACGCCUCCCCUCUUGUGUGCCUCAUCUUCUGUUCGCAAGGGGAUGACUUCCCCGCCAUGAAGAAGAUGGACCACUGCGACUGUGCGAACGUGGAGAGAUGGACAGAUGAACAUGGACAGAUCAUCAGAUUUAAAGACAUCCGGGAACGGGCUGCGCCCCAGGAAAACCUCACUCACCACUCCGGGACGACACCUGCGCCAGUUAUCACGACAGACAUAUGCGACUAUCUAUGUUCGAUCCAGCUGGGUGGAGACGCCUGUCACUGCAGUAUCCCAGGGCUCCCAGGGAGGAAGUGACGUCAAUGUUACACAAACAUGACGUCAUUAUGACGUCAAUGAAACGUCAGCUGUAGUGUCAUUGUUAAGUCGAUAAACUCGGACGGUACCGACUGAUGAAUGUUAUAAAGUUGAUAUGGAAUGUAAAAUCACAUUUUAAAUGUAUUAUGAGAUUACAAAGGAUGUACAUAUGCUGAUUAAUUAUCUUGUAAAUUAUUUUGCAUUGUCAUCAUUUCACAUAUUGCCCACAUGUACUUCCAUCCAGUCAAUUAUUAUCGGUACUUUGAUCUUUGAACUAAAAUACAUGCUCUGGCUUCAUAUGUAUGCACUUACCAUCUUACAAAGAAGCAAAAAACCCCAUCAUCCCUCAUCAUCCAAACCAAAUAUGCUCCAGGGCUGUUGAUUCUAUUAGAGUGUAAUGCCAGAUAUUCAAAUUACAAUUUCAUGUUUGUCGCAGAGUCCGACCAGAAGAAGAUAAAAUUCAUGAUUUAAUCAGCCAUUUUAUUCAAAGACAUUUCAUUUGCUGUGCUCUCCUUCCUAUACGAACUGACAAAGGUCGUUUAACAUCAGUGUUGGUUAAGUAAUCCAAUACUGAUAUUAACAGAUUCUGAGAAGUAGGCUUUUACCUGUACCAAGUCGCUUUAUACAAAAACAUUAACUUUUUCGUCUCGCACUAAAUCUUCCAUUUAAUUCGAGAGCAAUGCUGUCAGUAAAUCCAGAUAAGGUCGACUAUCAAGAUUUGAAAGGCGUUUUCUGAAAAUAAAACUCGAGAAACCA